AUGCAUAUCAAAAUUGCGCAUGAUAUAUUGAAAAAAGAACACCGUACUACGCCACAGCCAGCCGCAUCAGCAGCAGCACAUAGCGGUAGUGCGCAGGUAUCUUCGCAAAACAGUGCUGCAAAUGCAGCGGCCGCAGCAGCAGCAGCAGCAGCGGCGGCGGCAAACAUACGAAAUACCGUCAAUGCCCCAUUUUGUCCACCUUCUACAUCCAGUGCUAAUUUGCCCAGGUAA